AUGUAUGCUAUCAGUUCAUCAGCGACAAUUGUCAAGCGGGGAGACAUAUCCUCCGAAGCGGCAAGGAAGCAUGUUCCAAGGAACGAAAAUGUUGCGUGGCCAAUUACCAUCGUCGCUGUCUCCAAGUCUAUCGGCGACGCCAGUGCUACUGGUCAGGGUUAUGAAUCUCCAUGCUGGAAAUUUGGAUUCAAAUGGGAUCAAAACAGCUUGGCAUGCUCUCGGAACUAUGUGACUUUGUCUUUCUCUCCCCACGAGAAUGACCACAACCCCAACUCUCCGAUCUUCUCUACCGGUGCCCAAGCUGUCCUCUGCCUCCUCUUUGUCAGUCUCAUCCAGGGUAUUCAAACUAUUGCAUUGCACUGCCUGGAGCUGCUAGUCAACUUAUCAAGAGAUGAAGGCAUCUGGCGACUGGCUUACAGUGAAACAAAAAAGGCGCCAGGGGCACAGUUGGCUACGAAUCCGUUUCGUGCGGCAGUAUCGAGCUGGGAAAAUAUCCUCCUAUUCAUAGCCAAGGCCUUGGUGCAUUGGAUUAUUGGCCAGAGCUUGAUCCCUUCUGUUGGCGUCGAACAAUUCCAAAACUUUGAAUUUAUAGCUUCGACUUCUAUUGAAGAUCUGAAAAGUUUGUCUUUCAAACACGGUUUUCAAUGCGAUAUGGUAUACUCGCGUUUGAUUCUAUAUGCCGUCCUAGCCAUCCUCGUGGCCAUUUUGGCAACCAUUCUGGCUCUCAGGCGACCGAGGGGUCAUCAACCAACGGCGCUGGGUCACCUGCAGACUCUUGUUGACCUCAUUGAUGAUUGGAAGUCAGAUAAAAAUGGUCGGAUAUGGUGGGGGGAUAAGUCUCAACAAGAGACUGAUAAAGUGCGGCAUGCUGGAACAUCCUGGGACAAGACACUGCUUGGUCCGAUAUGUACCGCCAAAUACGCAGGCUGA